UGCCAGCGGUGCAAUUGCGGGCCAUAGUGCAGCGGCACGCCGCCGACGCUGUCUUGAUGCAUAUAGAAUUGAUGCGCGACAGCGAUUUUGAGGCGUAACCGCAGUUAGGAGCUUGUGCACAGCAUCUCAUGGCCGCCCAGGCCUCAGCAGAGGACGCAAAACUCGACGGCUGGGUCCCGAGCUUGGAUCAUGCGACCUUUGUGGAUUGGAACCGGGUCUACGAGCCGAGCGAAGACACGUUUCUGCUCUUGGACGCGUUGUUCGCGGACCGCGCCGCGUUACGCGCGAGCCGCGCGAUCGUCGAAAUAGGGCCGGGGUCCGGCGUCGUGGCGACGUACCUUGCGAAGCUGACGCGUAACAGCGUGCUCGCGGUCGAUAUUAAUGAGGCCGCGUGCGCCUUGACAAUGAGGACGGCAGAAGCCAACGGCGCGCGCGUCGACGUCAUGCGGGGCGACCUCUGCGGCGCGCUGCGGUCGUAUAGUGUUGACGCCCUGGUCUUCAAUCCGCCCUACGUCCCCACUGAUGAUGAGGAGGUCGGCGGCGCCGGCAUCGAGGCGUCCUGGGCGGGCGGUCGUAACGGAAGGCGCGUGCUCGACCGGCUCCUGCCGCACGUCGCGCGCGUCCUGGCGCCGGCGGGGCGCUUCUACGUCGUCUGCGUCGCCGAGAACGACCCGGCGUCGAUCGUUUCCUACCUCCGCGCGCGGGGUCUGACGGGGGAGACGGUCCUGCGGCGCCGUGCGCGGAACGAGGCGCUGUCGGUGCUGCGGUUCGUGCGCGCUGCGCCUUCUUGAGGGCUGCUGGGUAAUCUGUUGUGUGUG